AUGCCGGCCUCCAUGGUUGGCAACAUAAACAAGGGCCGCCAGUCCGUGUUCAAGGAGGUCGGGCUUGAUGACGACCUAAGCGAUGACGGCUCGCAAGCGGGUCCGACCUCGCCGAGGGCCGACCGGAAAGCCUCCCUCGUCAGCGAAAGAGAAUUCGGUGCCAUCACAUCGCUGCCGACGAAGCGACAGCGAGACGACGACGUGCAUGAUGCUGGCCGGCAAAGUGACCGUGAUACCGGUGGGCAGUCGCACGACGAAAAUGAGGACGGUCGCGACGAAGACAACGAAACCAAACACGAGGACCAGCAAUCCUCACGUCCGGAACGCCGCCGAUCGUGGUAUACCAAGCUAGCAGCCGGCUACAAGAGGCCUCGCAUCAAGGCGGUGGCGACGGCACCUCCGUCCUCGGUUUCCAGUCUGCAGCGAUUCACCGUCAUUGCACUCCUCAUUGCCGUUGUCUUUCCCGCUUUCAAUUAUCGCAGUGCCGCUCAAAUCAAUGGAACGCUGUACAUAUAUGGCGGGCAGGCCAAAACUCGCGGUGAUCAGGAGUUCAACACGUGGAACAAGAACUUUCUGACGCUGGACUUGCAAAAUUCCUGGGGCAUUGACGAGCCGAAACUGACUGGGCUUGAGAUCCCUGAUGGACCCCCAGCCGUCUCUCUCGGCUACCUCUGGCAGGACUACGAUAACUUGUAUCUCUACGGCGGACAAUUUGCCGACAACGUCGACGAUGGCAGCGGCGAGCCUCAGUAUGCGACACCCGACCCAAUGGCACUGUGGCGAUACGACAUCAAGAACAAGGAAUGGUCCAGCUUUGACGACCCUCGCACGUCGGCGGGCAACUACUCGACGCAGAGCGACAUUCCCGUCCAGCGAGCCGCCGAAGGUGCUGGUCUGUCUGUUCCUGAGCUUGGGCUGAGCUGGUAUUUUGGAGGCCAUCUGGACGUGGCUACGACCCGCGGCUGGUCGAUUCAGAUUGCCCGUCUCUUCCUCAGCAGUCUGCUCGAAUGGACGCACCCUGGUUUCGCCAACACUGGCGUCGACACGUUGCACAGCUCCGGCGCUGGCGAAGGCGGCACCUACCGAAACAUCACCGAGGGCGGCACCCAGGGGGGCGAAAACUUUCCCGAGCGGGCCGAUGCCGUCCUCAUCUUCGUGCCCGGCUGGGGCAAGCGCGGUGUUUUGAUCGGCCUCGGCGGGGGUGCCAACGAACAACUCACUGAGAACAUGGAAAAGCUGGAUGUGUAUGAUAUUGAGACCUCCGAGUGGUACAAACAGGAGACUUCUGGUGAUAAGCCGCCAGUUCGAGUCAAUCCAUGUGCCGUCGUGGCCAGCGCGCCGGACGCGUCCAGCUUUCAGAUCUACCUCUUUGGAGGUCAGGAUCUGGCUACUGACAAUCAAACCCAAUACAACGACAUGUACAUCCUAACCAUUCCCGCCUUCCACUGGAUCCGUGUCGACAAUGGCGACUCGUCCUCCGUCCCCGCCCCUCGAGCAGGCCACACGUGUACAAUGCGCGACGGUCAGAUGAUUCUCGUCGGUGGCUAUGUCGGCGAAGAUAUUUCAUGUGACUCGCCCGGCAUCUAUGUCUUCAACGCCUCCUCUCUGCAGUGGGCCGAUAAAUUCAACGCCGGCGAUCACGAUGCCGACAUAAGCUCGGACAAUUUGGUCCUGGCCAACUCAUGGGGCUACCGCGUCCCCGAGCCCGUUCAGAAGGUUAUUGGUGGCAACGCGGACGGCAGCGCGACUCUCACCACGCCCUCCAGCGGACCGGCCACUGAUGGACCUUUCGCAACAGGCAAGCCUCCCGUCUUCACGAUCACCGAGAGCGGCGCCACGGCAACUAUUACGCAACCUGCUCCGGGUGCCACAGGCGGCAGCGCCAACACGCCCAGCGAGGGCGACAAUAGCGGAGACGACGGUGGGGGUAACUCGAACGCUGGACUCAUUGCCGCCGGCAUUAUUGCAGGCAUCUUUGCCCUGCUGGCCGCGUACCUCGGCUGGUGCGCGUGGCUGUACCGCCGCCAGGUCGCCGCCUACAAGCAGCACCUCGCCGUGGCGAACCGUUACCAUGGGGCCUCGAACGCGUCAUUUGGACUCGGCGGCGGAGCGUUCGGCGGCCUCCUGGGCCGUGGCCGAUCGGGCCGCGGCCACAACCGCGACACGAGCACCGCGAGCGAUGAGAGCUUCGGCUGGGUCGGUCCAGGCAAGGAACCCAAGUGGAUGCCGGACGAGCUCACGCCCGGCUCGAACAGCGGAACCACGGCUGGAGGGAGCAGCAGCGCGGCGGGCGGAUUUGCGCGCAAGAGCGAGGAUGUCAGAAGCGGACGCACGGGCGACGGGACGAGCCGCGGGGCGCAGACUGAUCGCGACAGCAUCUCGAGCACAGAGGCCCUGUUGGAGGGGCAGGAGCCGAGUUUCUUCUCCGUCGUCAUGGGGCCGAGGAGGGCUCUGCGGGUUGUUAAUGGAGCUGAGGAUACCCGGUAG